GAGGGAGGGUAAGGCAGUCUGAUGGCCAACUAAUCACAAAUGAUGAGUCACUGCGGAGUAAUUUUCCUAAACCCUGUUCAAAAUAGCUCAUUAAUGUGUGCAGAUCUUGUCAAAGACACAUUUCAUGGUAUACAAGAGGGCACUGCUUCAUCACCUGUGACACAAAAAAACUGGCUAAGGCGUCUCUGUGGACACGCUGCUGAAUUGUGUCACUGUGAUACAUUAUAUGGUCACUUCUGCUCUGUGAGGACGCCCGCUGAACACCUGCACUCCCACUUUGGGUGUAACACAGUAAGCAGUCAGGGAAUAUCCACUUACAUCAUGCAUUCAUGUGUUUGGAGGAUGUCAUAGUACAUUUUACGUAAUUUAGCGAAUAAUAAUAAAGACAGAAAGAUGUCACAAUGAAAAAAAGUUCUAAUAUGUUACAAAAUAUACAUGUUACAUCUCCUCUUAAUAUCACUACCUCAUUGGUUUCUGUGCACUUGUUUAUCUUAAUGUAUAGAUAUAUACUUCUAUACUUAUUUGAUCUAAUUUUAAGCUCAAGUUUCAAGUUUAUUUGUCAUUUCAACUGUAACAAAUCCAGUCAAAAUGUAUAAAACUGACAAACUUCAGACAAAACAUAAAACAUUUAAAGUGUAAUGGUGUGAAAACGUAAGAUUUGAGUACGUUCAAACAAGAGUGCAUAUAGAAGAGUAAAACGUUACAAGAUAUACUUUGUACACGUAUAACUUUUUGUAUAUGUAUAUAAGUGUGAAAGUGUGUUAAUAAAGUUCAAACAAGACUCCACACAAGUCUAUAACCAUGCUAGCAGCUUUGUGAGACUGUAAGCACAGCGGUUCUUUUAAUGUCAGCAUGCUAACAUGCUCACAAUGACAAUGCUAAUAUGCUGAUUGUUAGCAAGUAUAAUGUUCGCUAAACUAAACUACAUGUUAACUAAGAGUAACGUGGUUAGCUAACACGUUAACCAGUUUGGCGUGUUAGCAUGCUAACAUUUGCUAAUUAGCACUAAACACAAAGUGCUGCCGAGGCUGAUGGGAAUGUCAUUAGCUUUGUAGGUGUUAUAAAUAUUGGACACAUUUAAAUUUGUUGAUGGCGCUGGAUGAAAAGUCAGGGGAUCAACAAAUUCAUUAGGAUUCAUCAUCUGAGAACCAUGAAUGUCUGUGCAAAAUUUCAUGGAAAUCCAUCUAAUCGUUGUUGAGAUAUUUCAGUCAGUUAACUAAGGUGUGUAUUGAGUGCUGGGUAGGUGUAGGAUGAUCAGCAGUCCGACACUUUAAUCAUUAUUUAUGUUUUAAAUGAAUUACUAGCACAUAGUAAAAAAGUAAGAAUAUAACUGUAGUGAUAUUGAAAUGUAGCAGGUAAAUAAGUUGUUUUUGCCUUUUCAUGUUGUGUCGGAAUAAUCGGAAAAAUGAGUUCCAGAUUGGGAAAAUUCUCGUGAAGCCCCCUCAAGUCGGAACAACAAGGGAGAAAAUUUCGGCACGUGAUUUGCCGAGUUGACGUCAUAUUGCGUAGAAACAUGGCAGACGAAAGUAAACAUCAGUAUUUAAUUUAGCUAUUUAUUUAUUUUAUAUUAUAUAUAUUGUAUUAUAUAAUAUUAAUAAAUAUAUUAUUUAUAUGUAUUUUAUUUUUAUUCAUAUUUUUUCUACUAUAUUCGUUUUAGUCUAUUCAUCAGAAACUCACCUUUUCACACAUUGUAAUCUUGACUACAUAAAGUCUAUUAACUUGUUAAGCUGAAUGUCUGUAUAUGUUCAUAUUUAUAAAAAAAGAAAGUAAACAUAAGUCAACAUCUAUCACUUAUAAACCAAUUAACAUAAUUACAAAGUCUGCUAGCUUUUAAUGUGAACUUGGCAAAUGUUUUUUCUUACUUGCAAGCUACAUAUCCAACUCUCACAAGCGCUUAACACCAUACAUUUUAAGCAUAUACAGACUUUUUAUGAUUAACAUGCAUAAGGUUGAAAUUAAUCAUAUUUCAUGGCUCACCUGAUCCAUUUCUCUUCGUUGUCACGCAAAUACUGGAAACAAUCAACGUGUUGUUUAAACGCUCUGAGCAAUAAAAUACAAUGCAUCUUCUCUGUAGCCACCAUGUUGUUUCCACAUCACGACUUAAAGCUCAACACACCGAAGUUGGAAGAAUUACUUCCCAUUACUGGAAAUGGGACCAUCCAAGGAGCACAUUAAUGCACCAUUAUACCAAGAGGGACAAAUGUUUGUUUGUUUGAUUAAAGCACAUGGAGUCAGGCUAUUAAAAGUAUUCUGUCAAAGCUUUGGUGUAAACUGUGAUGAAUAAUUCAAAGACAACUAUCAUUUUACUUGAGAUUAGCUUGCUAGGUUGCCAUGGUAGAAAUGCAUGUAUUAUUUACUGGCAGUCUGAGUCUGACUGUAAGGCAGCUUACAGGCUCUCAGUCGUUUUUAGAUCUGUUCAAACGGCGAGGAUUAAACGUGGUAGUAAUCCAAAUAGUGUGUCUGGGCUGCAUGUCUACAGCCGAAUGAGACACAAGGAGCUACACUGCAGUGUUGUGGACCAAGUAAUGUGGGAGAGGGUUUGCAAUGGAGGGGACAAUGCUGAAGGCAGGACAGGAGAAGCCACAGAAGCGGGUGAGGUUCCGCGUGGCUUCGGGGAACAGUGGCCGGGUGCUAAAGGAGAUGUUCAAGGAUGAGGGACCUUCAGACUCCCUGGAUUCAGACUGCACCAGCAGCUCUGACGCCGAACGGGCCAGCACCCCGUCUACAAGUGGAGACGUACAUGGACACCUGUAUGGAUACCUGGGCUCCGAGCUGGAUGACAGUGAGUGUGAGCCUGAUGAACUGCUCAUGUAUGCAGGGGCCACCAAGGACUGGAUGUUCACCACCAAGAGGGUCAAUAUACUCAGUAAAAAUGGGACUGUGAGAGGGGUCAAGCACAAAGUCAGCGCAGGUCAGACGCUGUUUGAAAACCUUCCCAACUCCAACAGUAUGGAGUUAUCUCUUGAAUUUGGGCGGAUAGUGAUCUACACUACGAGUUUCCGUGUGGUGAGGACAACCUUUGAGCGCUGCGAGCUGGUCCGGAAGAUCUUUCAGAACCACAGGGUGAAGUUUGUGGAGAAGAACAUCGCCCUGGACUGCGAGUACGGGAAAGAGUUGGAGGAGCGGUGCAAACGUGUGGGAGAACCUCUUUCAUUACCAGUCGUGUUCACUGACGGACACUACCUUGGGGGUGCUGAGAAAAUACUAGGCAUGAAUGAAUCAGGAGAGCUUCAAGAUCUUCUGACAAAAAUUGAGAGGGUUCAGCAGCCCCAGACGUGCCAGACCUGUGGGGGCUUUGCCUUCGUCCCGUGCCCAAUGUGCCAUGGCAGCAAGAUGUCCGUGUUUCGCAACUGCUUCACGGAUUCCUUCAAAGCCCUCAAGUGCACUUCCUGCAACGAGAACGGCCUGCAGCCCUGUGUGAGCUGCAGCCAGUGAGGAUGUUAAGUGCCUGACCCAACAUCCUUACUUUCUUCUCUGGGACCUCACACAGGACCUUAAAACUGGACUGCAACACAGGCAGCAAAAUGAAACACAGCAAGACUCUUCUUCCAUGGCCAUUGUUAGUAAAGGAAAAAGGAAUUUGUAAUAAAAUCUGUGAAUUUGUGGAUCGGGUGUUGUUGGUUAAAGGUAAAUCUCUAUGUAAUUCAUGAUAAGUGUUGGUACAAAUGUGUUAAUUCUUUAUGAUCUAAAGCAAAUAACAACAGGUUUCUCCCAUCAGAUGCAAAAUUCUCAUCAAAAUGUUUCUGCCUGGGUCCGUAAACUCACCAUGAACUAGUUUCACCUUUGGUAAACUUAAGCUUGUUAGUUAAUUAGUGAGGAGGCUCCUCCAUUAACAAAGCCCUCAUUACUAAUCCCAAAUCAGACAGAGUUAAAGAUAAAAGAGACACAGGACAGAGAGGGAAAGUUAAAUGCUCAAUUUGCAGCCAGUAGAGGGCAUGAAACUGGACCUUUGCUCACAGGGGAGCACCAAGCAUCAGUCAAACCUUAUAUAAAACUUUAAAAACAUAAGAUACACUCAGUUGCCAGUGUAUUAGGUACACCCAUAACCACUGACCAUACAGUUGAAUCAACACCUACACCCACUACAACAGUUUCAACAAAAACUGAAAACAAAAACAUUAUAACCUUCAUGAAGGUAGGAUUUAUUGCAGGACCACUGUAUUAGACUGCAUUUGUUUUAGCUUGGCGCACCUAAUAAACUGGCAACUGAGUGUAUAUAGGAAAGUAUGGCAAACACACACUUAGAUUCAAAUAAAUCAAGGGAAUCAAACAAAUUUCAACCCUUUUAAUAGUACAUUAUAUAUUUCUGGUCUACAUUAGAGCUGAAACGAUUAGUUGACAGAAAAACGUUUUUCAAGCAAAAAAGCCCAACAUUCCACAGUUUCAGCCUCUCAAUCUUGAGGAUUUGCUGAUUUUCUUUUGUCUCUUCUUUGUGAGAGUAAACUGAAUAGCUGAAGGUUUUGGACUUGGGGGGGUCGUCAUAUUAACCAACAAUGACAAUAAUCGUUAGUUGCAGCCCUAGUCUACAAACACACAUAGGCCUGUAGUAGCGUACAAACAUUGACCUGUCCAGACGCAGCCCCAUUUUGGCCCUUGGAUGCUUCACAAUGUGCGGACCCAUCUUCGUGUUUUCAUUGCGGUCUUCUCUUGGUCCAGCACCUGCCUUACACGGAGUUUUGAUGUGCGCGACUACUAUGCUUGACUUAUUUAUUUUCUGGGGAAACUGGAUGCUUAGCGGUGUGACUUGAUCCUGGUAAUCCAGGAGAUGCGCAUACGGGUUAAUCCAGAUGCAGCACGACGCAACGUUACUAAUUGGUUCAAUAAUGCAUCGGCUGCAAAGGGAUUUAGGUUUGCAUUGAAUAAUUCAACCCAAGGAGACCUUCAUGUGUUCCAGUUUUCUUUAACCUUGAAAAAAGGCAAUGCAUUUUAGUUUUUGACUACACCAGCAUGACAAUUCAAGUCACUCUUGCCAACAAUCUUCGCGAUAUGGACAUGCAAUCCUCGCCGUUUUGUGUUUUCAACGGAUGAUGUCAUUUGUUGGCUGCCAUCCAGGGGGUCAGAGAAACGCAGCGCCCGAGCAGCUCAGCUCUCUAUGCUGUCAUAGCCCUGUACAAUGCUGCUUGAACAUGAUUAGACAAGGCAGCACUGUAAAGAGGCUAAAAGCGUAGAGCAGGGUAGUGAUGAUGAUGAUCAUCCGCCGCGAAGACUUCUCCUGCCAUCACACGCUACCUGGAAUGUUCUAGAUGCUCCUGCACCUGUGAUUGAAACAGCAACCAAAUCGAUUAUUUAGG